CUAUAAAUAGGAGGGAUGAAGCCAGCAGAGAGCAGAUUCUCUCUACAGAGACCUCUACAGCACAGAGAUCCAGACAUGGCACCUACAAUCACUGCAGCUAUGACCAAAUCUCAGGAGCAUCUGACUCUGACCCACAAGCUCAGAAAGCCUCUGGUGGAGAAGUUACGCAGAGAGCGAAUCAACAGCAGCAUUGAGCAGCUCAAGUCUCUCCUGGGUCCAGAGUUCCUCAAACAGCAGCCAGACUCCAAGCUGGAGAAAGCAGACAUCCUGGAGAUGACAGUUUGUGUCCUGAGACGACUUCAGCAGCAACAUCAAGCUGUGGACUCGGCAGCUGUUGAUCAGGGCUACUCCAGGUGUGUCCAAGAGGUGAAACACUUCAUGUCCAGGGAAGAGGUGAAGACCCAGUCCCAGAGAAGACUGCUGAACCACUUCAACAAGCUGCAGUCUUCCUCUGAUGAGAACCUGAGAGAGGCUGACUUCUCUCCUCUGAGCAAAGAGAAGAGCCCAGUCAACAGCGCUGUCUGGAGGCCGUGGUAGAUGCCCAAGGACUUGUAGAAAAGUGAAAGUAUUGCAUAUGUUACUGCAACUUUUCACUUUUAUUACCUUUUGUAAAGGUUCUGUGUUUCUGUGAUAUUUGCAGCCAGGUUGGCUUUUUUGUAUUUCAAAGGUACUUUCUUCUGACUCUGUGAAGUUAACAUUAAUGUUCCCACUGGGAAUGCCUAUUGUCACUGACACUGACAACAAUGUAUGUACUUUUUCUCCGUUUAGGAGACACAGUUAAUCAUGUUGAACAUGUUUCAGAUUUAUAUGUGAUAUUCACAUACAUCUUUGUUGAAAUGUCUUUUUUUGAUAGAUCUUUAGAUAUCUCAACUGUCUGCAUUUUUAGCAGAUUCAUUUUGUGUAUGAACAAAUUUGUCAAAACACAUGUGCUGCUUUAUAACUCUGUGAGUGACAGCACCCAUACCUUCAAUGAAGGGAAAAUGUCUCAGAAUGAAUGUAUCUCUUCAAGCCAAGUGAUGCGCAUUAA